AUGGCGUCAUCGAUUCCAACUUUUCAAACGUUAAUUUCAGUCAAUAAAUUUCGAGACUUAGUCAAUAGAAAUUUCGAAAAACAAAUAAAUGAAGGUCAAGAUUAUGAUCCACGUGAUCUUCAACGUUUCAAUGAAAUAGAUGAAUUUACAACCAUGUUUAUUCAACAUGGACAAUUUGGCUCAAGUUUUGAUGAAGAUCGAGCAUUGAAAAUUUUUAAUGCAUCAAUGAGUUGGAGAAAGGAACAUAGUGUUUAUGACAUCUCUACAGAUGAAUUUCCUGCCAAUUAUUUUGAUCGACAUGCAAUCUAUUUCAAAAAUCAUGACAUGAACAAUAAUCCAUUACUUCAUUUUGUCGUUCGAACAUUUGUAAAAGGUCAAGAAGAUAACGAAGUUGUUAAACGUUUUGUAAUAUAUAAUUUUGAAAGACAUAUUCGACGUCAUCCGGGUCAAAAAAUUGUUAUUCUUUUCGAUAUGAAUGAAACUGGUCUUAAACAUUUAGACUAUGAUUUGAUUAAGUUUAUUAUUGGUUGUGGACAAAUUUAUUUUCCUGGCUUAUUAGCUUAUAUGAUUAUCUUCAAAAUGCCAUUUAUUUUAUCAGCUGCAUGGAAAAUAAUUCGUUCUUGGUUGCCUACUGAAGCAGAACAAUUUAUUAAAUUCGUUGAUAUAAAAUCAAUCACACAAUUCGUGAGAACCGAUCAAUUGCCGACAGCAAUGGGCGGCACUGAUACAACAAAUUAUAUUCAUGAUCCAGUAAAUGAAGCUGUUGAAGAUUCAAUGAAUAUCAAUUCAAAGAAAAAAGUUACUUUUGCUGAUACUGGUUCACUUGAUUUAUCCCUUCCCUCAUUAGCAUCAAUAGACGCAAUAACAACAACUGAUAAUACAUUUAAAGUUGAAUUAUCACCUCAUGAUGAUCCACUUACUCCAGAAGAACCUAGUGGUUUCUUAUCUACAUCAGAUUCAUCACACCCGAUAACUCGAAAAUCUAUUCUACAAAAACCAACACUAUUAAAUGGAAAUACAGGCGAAGAAAAAGUUUAUCAUGGUCUUGCAAUAAGACCUUACGAUGAAAUGAUUUUUGAAAGAUUAGAUGCACCACCACAUGGAACAAAUGAUUGUAUUCAAACAUUAAUAUUAACAAAUAUGGGUGAUAAAAUCUUAACAUUUAAAAUUAAAACCACAUCCCCAGAUAAAUUUCGCGUUAAACCAGGAUGUAGUCUUCUUUAUCCAGGUGAAACAGCGACUAUAACCGUUUAUUUAUUGAAAGCAUUUUGUACAUCAACAAGUAACAUAAGUAAAGAAAAAUUUUUAGUUAUAUGGACAUUAAUUGGACAAGAAUUAAAACAAGCACAGCUAGUUGAUUUUUGGAAACAAGUUCCAAGCUCUGUUCUUUAUGAACAUAGACUAAAAUGUUCAUUUGGUGGUGCCAAUAGUAGUAGUAAUAGCAAAGCGCCAUCUGUAAUAACACCCAGCCCAUCGACUGAACCAAAUUCUUCACGUUUACCAGUAACUACUUCUGAUUCUUCGAUAACUGAAAUGCAAAAAAUAUUAAAAGAAUCAAUAAUAUUACAAAAAACGACGAUUGCACAAACAUCAAAACAAUUACAACGAAUUCAGUAUCUUUUGUCAAUAAUUUUUGCACUUUUAAUUCUAAUUUUAUUAUGGGAUGUGUAUAAAUACUUUUUUUCUUAUUCAUCAUCAUCAUCAUCUCCUCCAAAGACUGAUUUAUGA